AUGAAGACCGUGAUAAGAUUCCUCAAAAGGCUGGUCAUAGCCAUUUGGGCUGAUCGUCAGGCAAACGACUUAUGGCAACAAAUCGUGAAAUGUUCGAUUGCCUGUAUCGCUUCAGUCGUUGCAGUCAUUACCCCCGAGGCUGUUGCAAUCCUUGGUCCUGCAACAUUUCUCGCCCCAAUGGGCGUCAUAUUUGCCCACCCAGGCCAGAGAACUGGCAUUAUGAUUGAGGCUCUCAUGAUGUUGGUGUUGGGCACAGCAGUCGGCCUCGGGUGGUCUAUCUUAGGCCUAUUCCUAUCCUCCUUCAUUGUCGAUGAAAGCAAAGCGGCCGCAUACACCAUCCGUGGGGUAUUUCUGGCUCUGGCUUCCGUCUUUCACGGUUAUAUCAGAUCAGCCGCUCCCCGUGCCUUCUUGUUUGUUGCUUUCUAUCUCAUUGCCUGCUUAAUUGUGCUGCUUGGAAAACAGGACCGUGUAUCGAUGUCGGUCUUCACAAACGUUGCGUAUCCAACUUUGAUUGGCGCUGGCAUCUCGCUGGUAGCCAAUCUGUCCAUGUUUCCUGAGUCAUCGAGCAACUUCGUUGGUCUCGCUGCCAUUGAUGCGCUUUGUGAAACAAUGGAUACUCUUACUCGAGCGACACAUUGGUUUAUCACGCCUGGUGGUGAUUCCCAUGAGGAACUAAGCCACGUUGAACUCACCAUGACCUCCACAGUCAAGAGUGUACCCGAAAAACCAAAGCGCAAGAAGAACUUUGUUACCAAACGGAUGGCUCAAUUUCCUAAUCCUUUCAAGCCUUCGCAGAACCGUUAUCGUGUUUCAACUGUUCCUGUCGGACUCGCGACAAUUGCAAGCUUGACAUCGGCAAAGGGAAAGCUCCGCAGUCGGCUUGCUCAAUGCAAAAAUGCUCAGCGAGAGGUGAACUACGAAAUAACAUUAUCAGUGCUUCCGCCGGCCAGUAUGAAACCCCUGACCAACUCUCAUAUGGGCGAUCUUGUUCAAAACAUCACCAAUAUCAUUGGAGCAUGUGAGAACAAGUUUGCCGUCGUCGAGAAUGACGACGGGUCUAAUGAUGACUCUACCACAACAGCUGACAGCUCCAACGGUGAGCCGAGUGGUGGCAUCACACGUAUGAACACAUUCGAAGUUUAUCAGCAGAAAUUGGAGAACGCGAAACCCCCUAGAGAGGUCGAGCUCAGCAAUGCUAGCUUGCUUGAGGCUAUCAUUGCACGUAUUCGAGAACCGACUGCAAAGUUCGAUGCUGUGAUCAAAGACGCUGUACGACUAGUCAUCACAUGCGUCGCAUACUGUUAUGAUGUGCCCAGGUUGCCGUCUGGGCUUCCUGUGCCCAAGGACAUAUCUCUGCACGAGUUGGACUAUAGGAUCGAUCUCUUGGCGGAGGCUAUUGCCAAUUUCGACUCCAGCUGUUCAUCGGAGCUUCGCCAAUUAAGAAUGGACGAAAGCGGAAACAGUGUCGACUUUAUGCCUCGCCACGAAACGUUCCUAAUAUCUUCGUUUGUCCUUGGCGUUCGCCAGUCUGCAACGCAUGUUCUACAGAUGCUGUACCAUGUCCGAGAAACCGUCGAACAGAGACAGGCUCGGCGCAAUAGAGCCACAUUCUGGUUUCCGAAAUCAGUUGAUAUGCGACAAUUUUGGAAAACAGGCGGCGAGAGUGAUGGGCUCGUCCUGCCAGGAACGGCUCGCAAACAGAUCCACCACGGUAAAUUGAAAUAUCAGACGCAAUCUGCGGAAAAGGACUCAAAUGAUACGGAACCUAAGAUCAAAGAUGAAGAAAGAGCCAUCCGUUUUGUAGAGCCCAAGCCUCGAGUCACAAAAAGGAACGAUGGUGCAGAGAAACGAAAAGGGGGGAAAUCAAAGGCCGACGGAAGCAGCAGAAUUCUCAAAAUAAGAGGAAAGGCAGCCGACAUCAUCGAGUGGAUUCAUGAGUCUAACGACCUCUUUUAUGCCAUUAAACUCGCAUUUGCGGUUCUUCUCCUCAGCUGGCCGGCGUUCGUCUGGGAUGAUUGGUACGCUCGUAUUCGUGGUGUUUGGGCUCCUAUGCAACUAUUCCUUGUCUUUGAAGUGGCUGUAGGAACGUCCGUCUACGUUUUUAUUGUCCGGUUUAUUGGUGUCCUUCUUGGCUGUGUCAUAGGUUACAUAUCCUACGUGGUUGGGGGUGGUAACAAAAUUGCCAUGGUUUUAGUCCUAAUCGCAGGUGUUGUUCCGUCUUUCUACGUUCAACUCGGCACCAGAUAUACCAAGGCGGGGAUGAUAUCAACAGUCUCCAUGGUUGUCGUCGCACUCUCCUCUGCUAACGGACCCUUAUCCGCCCAAGAUAACUUCAUCAGGCGAUGGCUUUGUUUUCUUGUGGGUGGGCUUGUGGCCGUGGCCGUUGAGAUGUUCGUUUUCCCUGUCAGAGCCAGGGACCGACUUAUCGAGUCUCUUUCAGUCUCAAUAAAACAGGUGCAGAAUAUGCAAGCCGCAAUGGCUGUUGGAUUGGGCAGCCCGGCUAAGCCGGAUUUUAGGGAUCCUGGUAUCAUCAAACGCUUCAACUUGGCAAAAGACCGGGCCCAAGAAGCACUUGCUCUAGCAGACACGUUUUUACCAAUGUGUCUUGCAGAGCCGCGUCUCAAGGGAGACUUUAAGCUCCUUUAUCCUGUAUACAAAGAGAUCGUCGUCGUGCUGCGACAGAUAGUCGAGAGGAUGGAUAAUGCGGUUUCGCUCCGUAAGGAAUUCGGCUCUUCCAUCUUGGAAGACUUGCACCCUCAAGUAUACAUGUACCGGCGUAAUGUGGCGGCCAGUAUUAUGCUCCUCCUUUUUUCGGUGCACGAAGCCCUUAUUACUUGGCAACCUCUGCCGCAGUUCAUGCCAGCAUGUCGGCUCGCACAUUUCCGCCUCAUCAAUCGCGUUAGGGAAAUUCUUUAUUCGCGAAGUGGCGCGCAGACACCCGCAGGCGGGCCGCCAAGUGUCUCCCUCGAAAACGUCAACUUGGCUGAAGAAGUAACACGGCUGAUCGUUCAGAAACGAUCUCUCUCGUGGAAUGCCAGUACCUAUGGCCAAGGAGAGAUCAUUGAAUAUCUCGAGGAGCUUGUAGAGCUGACCAAGAUCUUGGUGGGGGUGAAUGCGUUCCGAAGUGGUCUGCUUGAGGAGGCAGCACCCUACAGCAAGUAUGAUCAGCGUGCACGCCUCAACCGCAUUCCUCUAUCCCGCGCGCCUACGAACGAGACAGCUGCUACUGUUGCGGCGGAAGAAGUCCCGAGGGAGGAGAAAGCAGAGAGGAGCGACAGUGAGGAGGAUAUACCCGUGAGUCUACAAAGAGUUGGGACUCGAAUAUGUGAAAACAAUGCAUUGAUUAGGCGACGGACUAUUGCUAUGAGCAAUGAUGAUGACAGAUAG